AUGUCGUCUUCCAUCCCUUCAUCAACACGUGCAUCUCCUACAUUGCUUUCAGAUAACAAGGACAAAACAGCAGCUGAUAGUGGAUCCACCGUGUUUCAUAAAGACGAAUUUGCAUUCAUGCGUGACUUCCAUCGCAUUGUCGAAUUAAUGUUGGAUGGAGCCAAUCAAGAAGAGAUCGGCAAAGCAGUCGCACAAAUGGACGAACGAUUCGGCAAUGCACGGCGUAUACUGCAAGAACUGCCCGGAUUGCAAUACGUGGAAGAAGAACAAGACGCUAUUCUGAAACGCGAGACGACGAUUUUGGAGACCAAGAAAGAGCAGCUUAAAAAAUAUAUGGAGCUGGCGCCUUUCAAUCCAGAAGAAGACCCGGCAAAAACGACGACCGCGAUCAAUGAAUAG